UCAACGACAACGACACAUCCUCAUUAUCAUCUCAAAAAGUUUGAAACUGUCCAAUUUGGAAAUUUGAAAAUUUAAACGAAAAAAAAAAUGUCUCAACGAUCUGUACGUUCAGUAUCAUCAAUAACAACCGAACCACCAAGCAAAAUUGAUGAUGGUAUUAACAGUACAUUCGAAGAUAUUAUUGCCGAAUAUAAAAGUAGUCAAGAAUCGACAAAAUUCCAGAAUAAUAAUAAUAAUUUUUCUAUUGAUAAUGAUGAUUUUGAUGAUAAUGGUGGUGGUGGAAAUUCAUCUCAAGAUCGACCAAACGAAUCGAUGGAUUGUAAUAAUGGUUGUGAUGUAGAUGUUGCUACAGCUACUGAUGAUGAUACUCAAUCGGAUCGAUUGAUUGAAUUUUUAUGUUUAACUGGUCGUUUAAAAACACUUCCACGUCGUGGUUGGAUAUUGAAUAAUCGUUGUAUAAAAAAUCCUGAACCAAUUGCUGGUCAUAUGUAUCGAAUGGCUAUAAUGUCAAUGUUGUUCGAUGAUGGUGAUGACAAUUCGACCAAUUCCAACAACAACGAUAAUUCAAUGGAACCAACAAAAUCGACAACCAAACUAAAUGCUGGUAAAAUGAUACAAUUAUCAUUGAUACAUGAUAUGGCUGAAUGUAUUGUUGGUGAUAUAACACCAAUGGAUGGUAUUGAUGCGGAUGAAAAACAUCGUAAUGAAUUGAUUGCAAUGGAAAAAUUAGCAUCAUUAUUACCACCGAAACAAUCAAAACGUUUAAUUGAAUUAUAUCGUGAAUAUGAAUCACAUAAAUCACCUGAAUCAUUAAUUGUAAAAGAAUUAGAUCGUUUUGAUAUUUGUUUACAAGCAUUUCAAUAUGAACGACAAGAAUAUUUUAAUCAACAAAAACGUAUAAUACGUUUUGAUAAAUUUUUUCAAAUUGCAUUGGAACAUGUUCAUCAUCCAUUAUUACGAAAAAUGGUUGAACGUUUAUGUCGGGAACGUGAUCGUUUUUGGAUUGAAGAAAUUGUUGCCGAUAUUAAUAAUCAUAAAGCUGCUGCUGAAGCAUUGAUUGCCGCACAACAAGAUAAUCUUCCUGUUGAUAUAUUUACAAAUGUUUAUCCAAAUGGUUUAACGCAACAACAAAUGAUGAACAUUAUAAACAGCGAUCAGAAUAAUAACAAAUAAUACCUCAAAUUUCCUCUGUCGUCGUUUAGGCAAUUUUCUUUUCUUCUUUCUGUUUUUUUUUCAAUUCUCAAAAUAUGAAACACACACACACACCACACUUAUACAAUUUUGCAAUUACAUAGCCUGAUAUAUAUACAAAAAAAUCACAUUUUUACAUUUUUUUUUACAUCUUUUGUUUAGUUUUCUAAAAUUAACCAAUUCAUUGAUAAUCAUAAUCAUAUC